CGCGCGCAGCCGCCGCACGCGCCUAUCCCCUCCGGUUGCUUCCUCCCGCCCGCCCUCGCGCCCCUUGUCUCUCCCACCCAGCGGCGGCGCUGACAGGGACACGGACGGGGUCGGCGUUUGCCGCGGGGCUCGCCGCGUCUCGCACGACCUAGGAGAAAUUCAUCAAUUUCAGAAUGUCAUCAGUCAAACGCUUGGUUUAUGCAGUCAUCCAUUUCUUGAGAGAGCAGAGUCAGAUGGAUACUUUCACUCCAGAUGAACAAGAAAGCUUGGAAGUUGCAAUUCAGUGUCUGGAGACUGUGUUUAAGAUUAACCUGGAAGAUACUCAUCUUGCACCUCCACAGCAUUUGAUAGAAAUGUUCACAAAUUCUUUUCACAAGAAUGACACGCUGCCUCUCUCAGAUUCUUUACCGGAGGAUGUUGAAAAGGCUGACCAACUGAAGGAUGAAGGUAAUAAUCAUAUGAAAGAAGAAAAUUAUGGAGCUGCAGUGGAUUGUUACACUAGGGCUAUAGAACUGGAUCCAAACAAUGCAGUCUAUUACUGCAACAGGGCUGCUGCUCAAAGUAAGCUCAACAACUACAGUGAAGCAAUAAAGGAUUGUGAGAGAGCCAUAGCAAUAGAUCCAAAGUACAGCAAAGCGUAUGGGAGAAUGGGGUUGGCUCUGACCUCAGUGAAUAAAUAUGAAGAAGCAGUUACCAGUUAUCAAAAAGCACUGGAUCUUGAUCCAGAGAAUGACUCUUAUAAGUCAAAUUUGAAAAUAGCAGAGCAGAAACUAAGAGACAUGUCCAGUCCUACUGGAACUGGACUGAGUUUUGACAUGGCAAGCUUGAUAAACAAUCCUGCCUUCAUUAGUAUGGCAGCAAGCUUAAUGCAGAAUCCUCAAGUUCAACAACUGAUGUCAGGGAUGAUGUCAAAUGCCAUUGGUGGCCCUGCUGCAGGUGUUGGUGGCCUGUCGGAUUUGUCCAGCCUGAUCCAUGCGGGGCAGCAGUUUGCACAACAGAUACAGCAGCAGAAUCCAGAGCUCAUAGAGCAACUGAGAAAUCAUGUCCGGAGCAGAUCUUUCAGUGGCAGCACUGAAGAGCAUUCCUGACUUAAAGGAGGCAUGUGAAUUGGAAUGGCAUAUAACCCCAAAAUGCAUACAUAGUUAGUAGCAAAAGCACCAUUGUAACUCUUCUGCUUGAAUAGAAGACAGAAAAUUCUUUGUGCGUGUUUGCAAACAAGAAUAAAUCUGUUAAACAGA